AUGAUCUUGCAACUUAAGCGAGACGUCAGUGAACUUCAGCAUAUAAUUGGCCGUCUGCAGUCCGAGAAAACCACCCUGGUUCAUGAAAAUAUUUCUCUGAGCACUAAAUGUGAUACCCUACAGACCAUACUCGUCAACAUCAAGAGUGCAAGUUCCACAAGCUCAAUCGUGUCGAAUUCAUUGGAAUCACGGUUAUCACCCUCCGACAGUGCGUCUUCCUCCGACGAACAAAAGCCUAUUCUACUGGAUGGAUUUGUAAGAGAAGAUUAUGACAACGAGCUUAACCCACAAGAUUACCCAUUGGUCCGGUCAUGGACAAAGAAAAGUUGGUUAGAGCAGCUCCCGAAAAAUACAACAGCAAAGCCGGGCUCAUCUGGUCAGCCAUCACGAGGUUCUAGGCGUAUGGCCCAGGGAAUCAAUGUAUCAUGCCAGUACCUCCAGGAUAAGAAAGGCAUCACUGUCACGGCUCAGCGUGCGAAGACCAUCCGCAAUAUCAUGCUUUCCAGUUUCCGACAACUCGAUAGCCAGGGCCUCGCACCUGCAUCCAUUGGCCAAGUGUCCCUCGAUGUCCUGAAUUGGUUGUUCCAUACCCUACGAAGACAUUGUCCCGAACUUCGACUCUGUGUCGACAAUUGGAAAGCGACUAAGCUAAUGAUGGACAACUACUCACAGUGGUAUAAUUAUCACGUCAAGAAGAAAGGUAUCAAACUGGUUAAGCACGAAGACGUGGCUUCCUCUUGCGAGUCGAUCACCGAAGGCAUCCAAAUCGAAUCCCCUGCCGAACCUACCCAAAGCAACCCUACUAGUAAAAGAGCAACCUCACUUGAUACUACCGACAAUGAAGCGGAGCCGGCAAGAAAAAAACAAUGCAUUGAAGAUUUGGAUACCGAGGACACCCAACACAAGUCUGACCACUCUCUUCCUCUGACGCUACAGUCUACUACUCCCGACACUUCUCAUGCAAUGUGCGAUACUCAAGAAAAAGCCUCUGAGUCGACAUCAUCUCUGCGACACGACAAAGGCAAGCAAAAGGAGAUCCCGUCCGAUGUGGAGAUCAGGAGCCCACUUGAUGGGCUUAUCAUCGAACCUAAAGCUACUUCAUCCUCGGCUUAUAGCGCUACAACACUCGCUUCGAAACCAUCGAGUUCUGACACCAGCCUCCCUACGACUGCCGUACCAUCACCAGACCUACCAUCGUCCAACAAUGAUUCGUGUGCCCCAGUAGUACUACGACCUACUUCGUCGGCUACAAAUGCAACUUCACUCGCUCUCAAGAAGGAGCUCGUGGCGACAGACUCGGAGCUACACAAGCCAGAACCUCCAAAGAAACGACAACCGAGUUCUAAACCGAUGCGAGUCACUGCGAAUGUCACUGCGCGGAACUUGUGCGCUCUUGACUGGCAACAGAAUGGCAACCAAACAGAACCUGCAUGCGUUUUUGCAGCUUAUUGGAACAAGCUCUCGAAUGCCGACAAAGAGGCGUACAAGCGAAAGGCUGCCGCUGCUUGCCUCAACUCGUCGUCGUCUGCUCAAAGUGUUCCCGGUUCGGAUUAG